CAGCCACAUUGUUCACUAUAAAAUUCCAUGAUUCGGGUAUCAAGGGUUUAGUCUUCAGAGCUUAAUUGAAAAAAAAACACGGAGAAGAAGAAAGCGGGAGGAGCGUUAACACCUCUUCUUCUGUCCCUCUGCGCGCCUCGCUCAUUAUUUAACCAGGAUGGAUCGUUAUCAGAGAGUGGAGAAGCCCCGGCCGGAAACUCCAAUUAAUGAGAAUGAAAUCCGUAUCACUACUCAAGGCAAAAUGAGGAACUAUAUCACAUAUGCUACAACAUUGCUUCAGAAGGAUAAAGGCUCAGCUGAAAUAAUUAUCAAAGCAAUGGGAAGGGCUAUCAACAAGACUGUGACUAUAGCAGAGAUUAUCAAGAGAAGGAUAGCUGGUCUGCAUCAAAUUACUACUAUUGGAUCAAUUGACAUAACUGACUCAUGGGAACCGCUAGAGGAAGGUCUUCUUCCUCUGGAGACGACGAGACAUGUAUCCAUGAUAGCAAUUACUUUGUCGACCACAGAGCUGGAUGUAAAUUCCCCUGGGUAUCAGCCUCCCCUGCCAGUGGAUCAAGUUAGACCAUUGGCAGAAUUUGAGUUUGAUCCAGAAGGAUCGCCUAGUCACGUAAGGGGUCGAGGCCGUGGUGGCCGGGGUAGGGGCAGAGGAAGAGGAAAUUUUAUGAUGGGUGGUGAUUACAAUGGUGAUGGUAGUUAUGGAAGGGGUAGGGGCCGAGGAAGAGGAAGAGGAUGGGGCCGUGGUCCACGUGGUCGUGGAAGAGGGUAUGCUGUAGCUGAGGCUAAUCUGGAUGAAGGAAGACCUCGUGGCAGAGGAAGGGGUCGCAGGGGCCGGGGUUUUAGAUCAGAUGGACCAGUACAAGUACCAGGGCCUGCAACUGCAUAACAAUAAUUGUUCAUCUAUGCUAGGCUGAACGAAUUGAAUUAUACUAGAGUGACGUUUAUGAAUUUCUGUAUUCUAGUUGAUGUUUGCUUUUCACACUUGUGAAGGUUGCCUUUUUUGUGGAUACCUCAAUUCAUUUAAAUUUAGGUUUUACAGGAAAUCGAAAUGUAUUUUAAUUAGAAGAGCAGUACAUUCUUUCAUAAUUUUACUGUGUAUAAGCCCUAUUAAAUUUAAUGUUUUUUUUGGACACUA